AUGGAGCGGGCAUCAAUUCUCGGAUCGAAACUGACUGAAGCAGCCGCCAUCCGCUACGAGCUGGCCGACGGCCACGUCUACGAUUUCGUAGAAGGCACCAUUCCUUGGAGCAUGUACCCAGGUGUUGAAACGAUCGCCCUGGAGAACGAAUCUGUCUUUGCGUACUUUGACGACAAAGACCCGCAGAGUGGUCUCGCCGUCUAUCAGCAUUUCGAACAACACCUGCGGGACGAGGGGCCAUACGACGGUGUAAUCGCGUUUAGUCAGGCGGCGACGAUGAUCCUGACGUACCUUAUAUACGUCUUCAGGAGAAAAAACCGAGGAGACGACGUUGACAGCCCGUUCAAAUUCGCUGUGUUUUUCUCGGUUGUCCGGCCGCCGAUUGACUACGAGGAACUACAGCGGGGGGAGUUUGUAGAUGUGGAUUUAGAUGAUGUCAAGGGUAUUGUCGAGAUUCCCACGGUCCAUGUAUGGGGUGCUCAGGAAGACAGUGCCGGCCAAGCAGCCAUGGCGAGCGGCGUCUGCAUGUCAGAUGUGAAAUGGACGUAUGUCCACGAUCGAGGGCAUGAAAUCCCUGGCUCUGGGUGCAAGGACGCUGUGACAAAGACAGCAAAUGCGAUACGAAGGGCAAUAGAAACUGCAUCAGAUCAUCUCAAUAACGAAGAGUAG